AUGGCUCUGAUGAUUGAGCUAGCCAAGGAGAGGUGUAAAAUAUGUUGUACUAAGUUGUAGAUCGUAAACACGUGCAGUUGCUUAGACGCUUUAGAAAACACAAAACCAUCUUGAUGCACGUAAGUUUAAUCGUCUGCGGAACAGAAAUUGGUUCACUUUGGGUUAAUUGUAACUCAUUUUCUCCGGUUGAAGCAUUGUUCCAAAACUUAUUCUAUUUAUAUUGAACUAUUGGGAAAACAGAUAAUACUUUGCGUUGUUAUAUAUUUAAUUACUCAACUGCAAAAAAACACACGUUGCUUUGUUUAACUGUUUCAUGGUGACUAAAGGUAUGUUUUAGUGCGUGUUGAGUUGUGUGAAAACUGCACAUUGGAGAAGAUAAAUGCACAUGUAUUGUCAGUGUAAAUUUCAUUUGCAGAUUUUAUUUCGGAAAACAAUAGAUAUUGUAAACAUUUCUUUCUUAUUCGGGGAAAACAAGUACAACUUCCUUUCUUAAAAAUGAAUUUAAAAAGCUAGAAGAUUUUUUGUGUGUCAACCUUUUUUCAUUUUCUUUUAAUUAUUUAGCCUGUUGGAAAUCUGAUUUAUUUCCCCACCCCUGACACACCUCCAAAUUUUGUUUUCUUUUCCACAGUCAUGUACAAUACAGUUGUAGCUAAGGAAAAGCUUAGCAGGCCUUUUUAUAAGUCAACCCAGCUUUUUUACUCAACUGCACCUUCAAAAUUACUCCCUGCCAAUAGCCGGCUCUUAGCUGCAUGCCUGACAAUGGUACCAGAUUAUGGCUCAGACAAUAUUUAUAGGGAGUAAGGACAACGUUUCUGCAAAUGCUGAUCUUUUGUGAUCAUUAAUGUUACUUCCAAGACCUUUUUGUUUCUUCAGGCAUUUAUGUUUCAAUAAUAGGAUGGAUAAUACCGUUGAUUUUGGCAUUAAAAUGGACAAGACAUCUUCUGUCGGAAAGAAAAUGACAUACAGUUAUAGCUUUGCUGAAGGUUAUUAAGUUACCACAAUACUUGUGUUACCUGUAUUUGUCUAUGACUCAGAUCCUGCACUGAAAUGUUCCUGAGAGCUGGCCUUAGUGUGGCCAGAAGAUUCCAUGGACAGUCGUUAGCUGGUAUGUAAAUUUUAUGGGAGAGCGCAUUCAUGCAUAUAUGGUAGUGAAAGUAAUUUGGGCAAAGAGUCUGUGUGAAGUUUUUGUUAAGUAAAACAACAGAGGCCACUCAAAGAAACAGGGUUGCCGUUUCCACUCCUACAGCUUGUGCCCUUAUAAUUUUUUAUUGUGGCAGUGCCUCAAAUACUUAAGUUUGUGCCUUAAAAUUUCCUGGUUGUGGUGGUUGUGCACUAACCAGAACCACACCCUCUUCAAGUCUAUCCAGAAACGUGCCAGGUAUAUUUUUUACAUGAAAUUUGUCUCUGAUAUCUCAGAUUAAAUUUUAUUUUGUGGAACAGUGAAAAGCAAAAACUGCCGAGGAGGUUCAUUUGAACAGUAAACACCACCUUAUUUCUGCAAUGAUUCUGUUACUAUAUAAAUUAUUUCCAUGAUAGUGUCAUUUUACUAGUCUACUUUGAUAAGAAUCUUUUUCAUUUUUCCUUUCAUUUUUGAUAAGUCCAGUGAGGUUUAAGUAACAAAAGCCCAAAUACAACAACUGUAAUUUGCUCAAGAAAGCAUUGGUUUAUGGUCAAACAUGCAGUAGUUAAAUUAUGUCAUCGUGCAAAUGGCCCAUUAGGUUGCACUGUUGCUGGGUAAGUUACACAAGAAGCCUUUUGUACAAUCACCUAAAUAAUGACUAAAAAUUAUUUGACUGUCUUCCAGGAACCAAGAGUGUAUUAGGUAGCUAUGGAAGAAUCACUUGUUCACCAAAGUGUUCCACUUUUAAGGUACCGUCAACUUAUUUACUAAAAGUUUAAGUGAGUUAUGCUAAAGAUAUUUUUUAUUUCAUCGUAGGGGUGACUAUUGAGGAAAGUUUAACUAUUGCAAUAAUUUGUAUUGCAAUAGGCAAUAGGGAUAUUGCGAUAGUAUUGCGAUCGAUAGUGGAGGUUCUAUUGCAAUACUAUAUUGCGAUAGUUUUCAGGAAUAUCUGUUUUCACUUAAUGCCUUAUAGUUUAAGAAAAUUGAUAACUAAGAAGUGGUGGUCAAACAAUACAGGUACUAUGCGGUUGAAGAAUCAAGACGUUAAAACAUUCUAAGUAUAGGACUGUAGAUUGUUCUCAGUUUCUUAUUUACUGUUAUUGUGACCUUAAGAAUCAAAAUGGGUAAAACAGGUGCCUUUAUUUUCCACAAAAGUCAAAAUUUUAGAAGUAUAGAAACUAUCAAAACUAUUGAUAGUUGGCUACACUAUGGCGAUUGUUAUCAAUGUUUCAUUUUUGCUAUCGAUCUAUCUCUAUCACAGCAUUAAUAUCACGAUUAAUUGAUAGUUCGAUGGAUUGUUACAGCCUUGUUUCAUUGUUAGUAAUAUUACACUAUACACAAUAAAUCAUAAGCAGAAUGGUCAGGAAUUGCUCUGUUGCCUUGAUGAAGAGGAUACUGCAUGAUGUGUUGAAUAACUCUCAGUUAAACUGUGUGUUAAUUUUUGUCUUAAGGAUCCUCAUUUCUACCCUAAACUUCUGGCUGGAACAGUAAGAUUUUGCGCCAAUGAGGCUAAAGGUAACCAACCCUGUCCUGGCUUAAUAGUUAUGUUUGAUUUUCAAUUACAUUUGCAUUUUUAUGUUGGCUUGCAGUUCAGUCUGCCAUAUUAAGACAGAAUCCAUCAGGAAAUUGAGUAAUUUUGAUUUUCAGUGACAAAAAUCUUGUACCACAAUAAUUUAAACAAUAUCGCAUACUUUUUUUACUUUUUUCAAGCAGUAUAGGUAUAAUGUUAUUUGUAAUAACACCAAAGACUAUUUGUCAUCGGAGCCUAAGAAAGUAAACGUCAAAUUUUGCAAGAAUUGUGAAAACACAGGUAAAAUUCUAAAAAUUUCAUGUGUAAGAUGUCAUUUUGUGAAAUUUGACAUUAAUAUUAUUUUCUUGGGCUCUCAUAAGAAAUUUUCUUUGGUGUUAUUACAGGUAACUAAUAAAUAUUACAUCUAUAGCCCUUGAUUUGAUGUUGUUUAUAUUAUUCUGGUACAAGGUUUUUGUCUACUGAAAACUAAAAUUACUCAAUUUCCUGAUGGAUUCCAUCUCAAACAUUAUAGAACUCUAUAUAAGUCCAAAGAAUUGAAGUAGUCGGUUUACAUGUUUUUUUUUCUAGCCUACGUCGCAGAAGUAAUCUACAGGUUUUAACCCUGGCUUUUAACCUCUGUGAAGCUUCACCAAGAUCCUUGUUCUGGAUUUCCCAAUGGACUCAAAAAAUACCAGAGGUGUACUUUGAAUUUUCCUCCAACCUGUUUGACCAGUCAAAUAUGUGUGGCACACAGUUGGGGGACCCAGAACAAGAAUGUUGGCGCUGGCUCACAGGUGGACUUGUUUCAUCUGUGGUGCAGGUUAAUAUUUUCUGGAUCCACUCACUAUGAUUGAUAUUUUAUUGUUUUGUACUUUGAUGUAAUUAACACAGAUAAAUCUGCACCAGAGACAUUGACCGGUGUGCCGUAUGAUAAGCUUACAAUUGGUGUUCCAAAAGAAAUCCAUGAAGGAGAGCGACGAGUUGCCCUUUCCCCUGAAGCUGCUAAGCAGCUGACGAAAGAAGGAUUUAAAGUCGUUGUCGAAGCAGGGGCUGGAGCAGGAGCCAAGUUUCUUGAUUCUGACUACAUUGCAGCUGGAGCUGAAGUGAAGACAGUAAAAGAUGCUUUAGGAUCGGAUAUUGUCUUCAAGGUGAGUGUGGAAACAAACAGUGUCAUUGAUUCAUGCUCAUUGUAGCCCAUACUCAUCUCUUUAGCUCGGUUUCCAAAAAAAGCUGGCAGCUGGCAAGAAGACAAGUAAACAGACUGGGAAAUUCCGCCACCAACAUCAACAAAAAACCUGCCUACAAUGUACUUAGUUUAUGACUUUCUGAAAACAAUGCUCUUGCCUUAAUUUUAAGUGUGAUUUUGGGAUGAUUUGUGCAGAUGUAGGAAUGUCAGCCACCAAGGUCAAUAGUAAAGUGGCUCACAACAUGAAAAAGCCUGACUAAGAUUUUGUUAGAAUCAUAAUUUUUCAUUAUUACAUCAGUUUCAUUAACAGUGUUGUACAAUUUUCUUUGAACCCGGCUCUAGUGUUAAUUUGUAGGGAUAUUUGGAGUAGUAUUGGCUUAUAGAGUCUGCUUUUACCCUCCUCGCAGCUGGUAUCAUAUUCAGGCAUUGGACUGGGGGUGUCUUGAAAACAAAGAACCCUGAGACCCCCUAAAUACCCCCCACUGAAUGACUCUGAACUUUAUUGAUCAGGGUUAGGAAACUGAGUUAAUCAGGUUCCAUUUACUGGUAAGUCAUUACACUGGACAAACUGACCUGAAAGUUGAUUAAAUCAGUUUCUUAACCCCAUUCAAUAAAGUUGAGAGUCAUUCAGCGGGGGAUCUUAGGGGGUCUUAGGGGUCAAGAUGACAAGAUGAUUUAUUAACCUCAGCUCAGUUUUAUACGACAUAAAGGUUAAAUUUAUGUAGGUAUCUAAACACAGUACAACUAAGGAAUACAAGAAAAAUGGUAACAACAAAAUGGAACGCAAGUUGGGAUCAUCCAAAUAGCAAAGGCUAAUCUAGUGGAUGACCCCCUGGGUCUUAGGGGCCUUUAUUUUCAAGACACCCUUUGACUGGUUGUAUUAACAGACUAAGAUUAAACUGUGAAGAAGAUUCAGUAAUACCUUGGGUGUUGUUUUUGUUAAUGAUGUGGCAGUUUGACUUACAGUGUAGGCCAAGCUUACAUGUAAGCCAGAAAAAGUGGCCUCAAAGAUGAAGUUGUUGUACGUGUAAAAGUUUGGCAGAUUAUUAUACAUGACUGAACAUGUACCAUGGUUUUUAAUCAUUCUAUACAGGUGCGACCUCCUGAGAAAAACCAAGCCUCCGGUGUUCACGAGGCUGAUCUUAUGAAGGAAGGAGGCAAACUGGUCAGUUUCCUGUACCCUGCUCAGAAUAAAGACUUGUUAGAUGUGUUAGCAAGGAGAAGAAUCACAGCAUUUGGGGUGGAUUGCAUUCCAAGGAUAAGCCGUGCUCAAUCAUUUGAUGCUCUGAGCUCCAUGGCCAAUAUUGCAGGCUACAAGGCGGUCAUUGAAGCUGCUAAUUUGUUUGGAAGAUUCUUUACUGGACAAAUUACUGCUGCAGGAAAAGUGCCACCUGCAAAGAUCCUUGUUAUAGGUAGGGCAGGGAAAGAGAAGAGAAAAUAACUCCCCUCCCUCAUCUCCUUCUUUCACCCUAGCUCCUACCCUAAGGGUUGCUUUUCUACUAUCCCCAGUCUUCCUCUGUCAAAGAUGAUGGCUACAGCAAUGCAAACACAAACAAGCAGCUUUUGCCUGUCGCCUGUCAAACUGCGAAAGGGCCUCACAUCUGCGCUGAGUAUCCCCUGCAUUCUGUUAACUUUGUCAUAAUCCUGGUUGUUUCUUCUUGUCAAAAUCCAGGUGGUGGAGUAGCUGGCUUAUCAGCCAUUGGUACAGCAAGGAACAUGGGAGCUAUUGUUCGUGGCUACGAUGUAAGGCCAGCUGUAAAAGAACAAGUGCAGUCAUUAGGUGGAGAGUUUCUGGAAGUUACUGGUAUAAAAGAGUCUGGAGAAGGUUAGUGGUUUUUGUGCAAUCACCCAAGAUGUGAAGUCUUUAGUGGUUGCUGACGAGAACUGAAACCACAAGAGGUCUGUAGUAGUAGAGUGAGUGUUGUAAAUGUUUCAAUCUUUGUUCGCUUUUGUCUACCAGGCACUGGUGGUUAUGCUAAGGAAAUGUCUGACGAAUACAAAAAUGCUGAAGCUGCAUUAUUUGCCAAGCAGUGCAAGGAGGUUGAUAUCAUAAUCACGACUGCACUGAUUCCAGGAAAACCGGCCCCGAAACUGAUAACAAAAGAGAUGGUGGAAUCAAUGAAGCCCGGUUCAGUUAUUGUGGACUUGGCAGCCGAGGCUGGUGGAAACUGUGAGGUCACCAAGCCUGGAGAACUGUAUAAUCACAAUGGAGUUAAUGUGAGUCAACUUCAGAGCAGUUAUGAAGGGCUGGGGGUCAGGAAUUCCUCCUGGCCACUAUGAGCUUCACCCUUGGCUGCAUGUACUUUCGUGGGGAAAAAAAAUGAAAAUAGAACCAAAAGAAAUUCCUUGCCUUUUUUUUCCCCACCUUCUGAUUGCAUUUACCUGGUAACUUGCUUUAGUGUAAGAUAUGAUAUUCUUUCUUUGACCUUUAAGUUGACAUUGGUACUUUUAUUCGCCAAGGCAUUUAUUGUACUGUAUGCAUGUUAACUUCAGAGUUUAAUUUUAACCACCAAACUUAAUUUUGGAAUAAUUGUUGUAAACUUAUAAAGUUUCACGAUAAUGAAUUCCAACUGCAGAUAUGUCAAAACAAGCACUGUAGCACAAUCAGCCAUCAGUGCAUGCUAAGAUGUGUGUUGACAUAGAAGCCUUAGGGGUUUAAAAAGCAAGCCUGAUGUAAACAUGAAUAAAGAUUAUUAUUACAUGCCCAUGAGCCAUUUUUAGUCAUUGGUGCAGCAUGUUCUAGAUUUUGAGUCAGUGGGAAUGAGCAAAAAAAGGCAAUGCAAUAAAAAAUGGGCAAGGACUCUCUCUCCCUCUUUUUGCUCUUCCCUUUUCUCUAUGUUGGUCCCCACUCCAGGUGUAUAGUAUGUAACUGAGAACCUUGAACACACAAGCCUGGGUGUGGCACGUGAACCCUUAACCAUUAGAUGGGACCGAACUUUCUGACAGUGAGACAUUUUCUUUUUUAAAUGAUAGAUUAUUGGAUACACCGAUCUUCCCAGUCGUCUCCCAACUCAGUCCAGUACACUCUACGCCAACAACUUGACCAAAUACCUGCUGUCAUUUGGUGAGCGGGGCAAGAAAGAGUUUGUAAUUGACCUGAAGGAUGAUGUCGUCCGUGGAUCUAUUGUGCUUCAAGAUGGCGAGAUGAUGUGGCCACCUCCAGCUAUUGAAAUGCCCCCUCCUGCCCCUGCUAAACCAUCAGGACCUCUUGUCAAACCACCGGAACAGUCGCCAUUCAGUGCUGCAGCCUGGGAAACUGGCCUUACAGCAGGUAGCAAUGUAGGGAUCAUUAUACAUUUCUGGCAAACGGCCCGCCUACCCCUCCCCUAAGGCAAUAUUAACACUUACUUCUCUCAUGGGGCAAAAUGUUGGCGUAGGGAAGGGGUUGGUGGGCAGUUUCCCAGAAAAGUAUAAUGGUCCGAAUCUUGUUUUUCAACCUAAUAGUAAUAACAAUAAUACAAGUUAAGCACCUUCCUCAGAAUCCUGUUUAUUUUUAACAGUGUAAUUGGACUUCUACACAAAACUAGGCUAUUAUGAACAGUCAGGAUUAUAAGGAGGUUCCUUGAUUUCUAAAUACAGGUACCCCAUGGGAGCCCGGUCAUUAGGAUCAAGUGCCGUAGGAAUGUUUCACUUCUUUGACUGCAAACUACUGAUUUCGGGAUUGGCCGAAAUUGCAGAUGAGACUUUGCCAGUGUAGUGUUAAGUUGCACCAUGAGCCUCUUUUGGAGAUGCUAUGGCUCCUUAUAGAUUAUUGCAGGGUUGCACCAGUAACGGAGUCUAAAUUCACCUCCCAAAAGGGUUUCAAAGUGCAGUCCAACACAAUACUGACUCAUGGUCAUCACAACUGUUAACCCUUUAAGCCCUGAGAGUGAUCAGCAUCAAAUUUCUCCUUAUAAUAUCAAUCCUUUGUAAAACAGAGUGAUCAUGAGAAUUAUAGACGUGAUCACACAAGAUGAAUUUGCUUGAUAUUUAUUGAGUCUUAUGUUUCCAUUCCAGGUGGUUUAGGCUCUCUGCUUGGCCUGGGAAUUGUGUCACCAAAUCCUGCCUUUGCUACCAUGGUAACCACCUUCUCUUUAGCUGGAGUGAUUGGAUACAAGGUUGUGUGGGGUGUGACCCCUGCCCUUCAUUCACCACUCAUGUCUGUUACUAAUGCCAUAUCCGGCAUCACUGCCGCAGGGGGGUUGGUGUUGAUGGGAGGAGGGAUGCUGCCUAAUGACACUGCCACCUCUUUAGCUGCCCUAGCGACUCUUGUUUCGUCUAUCAACAUCACUGGUGGAUUUAUCAUCACUAAAAGAAUGUUGGAUAUGUUUAGAAGACCAGGUAAUUUACCUUGGUAUCCUAAGUUUAUUUUUUUUCCUACGGUCAGGAGUUUCAAUAGAAAUUGAAGUAGCCAGCAGGUUUGAAAAAAGUAACCGACUGCAUCAUAGUAAGAGGCUUUUACAUGUAGUACCUUUGUUUUAGAGGGGUCCAGGGGCAUAGGUAAAAAAGGUAAAGACGCACACGAGCUAAAAGCCCAAACGGCCGAAGCUUAUCCCGGUUUCAUCUGAGCAUGAAACACCUACAAUUGUAGGAGUAUUGCUGCUCCUCCUGCUAGUCCAUCGCAGGGUUACCCCUCAGCAGUUUGUCGCCGGUACCCAUUUAUGCACCUGGGUGAAGGGAGACAAGGUGGAGUAAAGUUCCUUGUCAAAGGAAACAACGCGACGGGCGAGUCUUGAACCUACAAAUCCUGAGUUCGAAGUGUUAACCACUCGGCCGCACACCCUUUCACAUGCUCCCCUAGAAAAUUUAGAAAAUUUCAAUGCCCUAAAGUGCAAUUUCCAGCGUUCUGGGCACUAAAUUGAGUACAAAAGAUAAUGCAUUUUCGAUCCCUUUGGACAAGUAAUGCACGAUAAGUGCCAAAAUUUUCUAAAAUAUUUAAAUCUGAAGCAAAAAAGUCUGUCUAGGUCCAGCAAAUUAAAUCUUAAUUUUUAAGACGGAAUCUGUCAUUAAUUUAAUACUCUAUUUCCAGCUUCCAAUUUAGGGGAAAAAAGUAACCCGGUAGCCGACAUGUUUUGUCGGUCGUCGGUGCUUAUUGAAAGCCCUGUAACGGUAGUCGCAAUGUAGAUUUUAUCGGUCAAAUCGAAGUUUCAACAUCCCCCGAGGUUACCCUUGGUUAUUUGACACCUUUGCUUUCCCGAGGUGAUCGAGCGGUCUUUUGGCCUGGGGAGGGGACAAUUUUAACACUAAGUGUAAUUUUCCAAAAAUUCAAAUGUCAGAGGGGCUGACGGCAGGUGGAUGUUGAAGCUUUGAUUUGUAAGUCACGCAAGUGUGGUAUUGAGAGAAUUAUACGAAAUAUUAAAGAACACAUGCUAACGCCACAUGCUAUUCAGCUUAGUAGAAAAAAGCUAAGAUGUUUAAAACUUAAUAUUGCGCCCGCACUUUUGGUUGAAACUUUAAAUGUCUGCCGUCGCUGUUUUUGGAGGAAAGAGCUUUUCUUCAAACGGUUAUAUACGUUGUUCGAACGUUAGUUAGACCUGUGAAAGGCAAGAAAACACCAUGAAAAGAGUGUAAACUGUCAAUUGUAAUGAAUAAAAACGAAAUGUAACGACGACAAUGUUUUUGUUCCAGGGGACCCCCCUGAGUACACCUACCUGUAUGCCAUCCCUGGAGCAGCUGUGUUAGGUGGUUAUGCCGCCGCUAAGAUGGCUGGAUAUCCAGAUAUUGAUCAGAUGGCUUACCUUGCCUCCUCGCUUUGCUGUGUUGGAGCACUAGCUGGACUCUCAACCCAAACAUCCAGCAGGCAAGGGAAUGCUCUCGGUAAGCGAGUUUUUUUUUUCAGUCCGAAAAACGCGAAAUAAAAUCUGGGCUGUAGUUUGACUCACAGAAUAGAGAAGGCAUGGGCAGCUUGUGGGCUUUAAGGCAAGCCACAACAUAAUUAUAGCAUGAAAAGUAGUGAAGCAUGUUCCUUGUUCUACAGUUCAGGAAGUGAAAGUUUCAUGAGCGUCUUUUUAUCUCAAACUUAAAAGAAAGCAAUUAAUCUAUCUUCUUUGAGCGAUUACAACUGCCAUGGUUAUGUCUUCAUUUAAAUUUGCAUUUCCGCAAUUCAUCAUCUCCAUUCCAUGCGUCAUUCCUUUCACGGUUUAAGACUAACUCAACAAACUGGCUUGCUCCCAAUGUAUGGGUCUUCAUAGCUCAAUCGGUAGAGUACUGCAGCGCUAGCUCGGAAGUCGUGGGUGCAAAUCCCCUUUUAGCCCCGGGCUAAUUUGAAAUGUUUUAGACUACGAUUAAUACAACCGCCGUGAUCACAUCUUCAUUGAAAUUUGCAUUUCCGCAUUUCACAUCGUCUCCGUUCGCAUGUCUCAGUCAGUUUGCAAUGCAAUUUUUGUGUUGUAGGAAUCAUCGGCAUCGGUACUGGCAUGACAGCCACUAUAGGGGCGCUGGCACCAUCUCACGAUGUCCUGACGCAGAUGGCAGCCAUGAUGGGGGUGGGAGGCACCAUUGGGGCCAUCAUCUCCAGUCGCAUCGCUGUCAGUGACCUGCCUCAGCUGGUAGCAGCCUUCCAUAGCUUUGUCGGUCUAGCUGCUGUACUCACUGCCAUCGCUAAGUACCUCGCCGAUGUUGACCUUUUUCCUGAGGAUCCCGCUGGAAACGUCCAUAAAGCAGCAAUCUUCCUCGGCACCUUUAUUGGUGGAGUGACCUUUACAGGGUCUCUGGUGGCGUUUGGAAAGCUCCAUGGCUUGCUGGACUCCAAGGCGCUGAAUCUACCGAUGAAGAACCAGCUGAAUAUUGGCAUGGCAUUGGCCAAUGUUGGAGCGAUGGGCUGGUUCAUGGCUUCUGACAGUGCCGCAGUAGGGAUACCAAUGUUGGGUAAGCACUGGCUCGUUCAUAUCAAUAAAGAAAGGACGCUGUAUUCCAUCGCAUAGACGCUUUUUUUAUCCUAGCUUCCGCCGGAACCCUUUGUGUAGGAGGCUUUCCCAGUGCUGUUCUUGGUCUUGCUGAAUAAUAUUCACGUGCUAUGCACGUGCUAUGUGCUUCUGAAAUUAUUCCCCAAUGGCGCGUGCUCUCAUUGGCUACUUCUUGAACACGUGACAUUUAGCAAUGAAACCGUUACCCGCCAAAAUCCUGUGAGCAGGCCGCACGACAAAAGCUAUGACAUCAGAGGGAAAGAGUGCGCUAUUACCCGCGAUUGUUGGCUGCAACUCUGUAAUUAUACCGUCUAUGUUUUUAUAGCGCUAUAACAGCCUGCAGAAUAAGCGCUAUUUUUUUCGCAUGCUUUAGGCUAGGUCGAAGCGGACGUGGAGCAUGAGAGUCACCAGACACGCGCGACGGGUCGUAAUUGCCUGAAAAAUAGUGCUAUUUAACCAGUUAACGAAAUGCAAUGAAGUGGGCCCCGAUACUCCCCAGAAACAUUAAGAUUCUCGGGAAGCUUAAGUUUUCCACAAGAAUAAUAGAAAGUUUUACGUUUAUGCGUGUGUGCAAUGAGGAUUCUACAACCACGAAUAAGAACUGCUGUUGUGGUUUGCAGGUACCACAGCCGCUUUGUCUUCCAUCAUGGGUGUUCACAUGACAGCGUCGAUCGGUGGAGCUGACAUGCCUGUGGUUAUCACCGUUCUUAACAGUUACAGUGGUUGGGCUCUCUGUGCAGAGGGAUUCAUGUUGAAUAACGAUUUGCUCACUAUCGUGGGAGCUCUGGUUGGCUUCUCUGGAGGCAUUCUGUCUUACAUCAUGUGCAAGGCUAUGAAUCGGUCCCUGGCCAAUGUCCUGUUUGGUGGAUACGGCACGUUAUCUACUGGUAAGUCAAUAAAUGUGGUGUUAUAUGCGACAGCCACAAACGCACUUUAAUUGGUUCAAAGCCCGGCCGGACCAGCAGUCAUUCAGAGUCUUUAAAUAACUUUGGAGAAAGUGCUGCCUUUGUAAAGACAUCUGCAUACGGUCAGACUUUCUAGUCUUCUCGGAUAAGGAUGACAAACCGUAGGCCCCGCCUCACGACCCUUGCACGUAUAGAUUCUGUGGGACGUUAAAGAACCCACACACUGUUUGUAAAGGGUAGGGGACGUAGUCCCCGGAUAUGUUUUCUAUUAUGGGGGGAGGGGACUGUUACCGGCCCCCAGUAAUUAGCGUCUUGCGCUGUUGAGCUAACUCUGCCACGAAUUGGCGAAUCUAAGUAACGUUUUCCCGUUAGAAUAUUGUUCGACCUGUAAUAGCUAACCAUUGUAUCUGGUACAAGUUCGUCUCGAAAUGUUACGAGAGCCGACUGAGACAAAUGGCGCAGAAUAUUGCACCAAAAUACCUUAACCCAACCAGUCUGAAAUUCGCAGUAGCUUUUUUUUAUUUUGAAUUGUUUAUUUAGAAUGGAAAUUGUACAAGAAUACUUCUUAUUGAAGUAGAAUUUAAAUUUCAAUGUAAACUGAAGGUGACUGGAAAAACCCCUUGACAAAGUUUUUUUGUAAAAUAAAUACACUCUCUUUAACUGCAGCACUUUUAAAGGCCGAUCUUUUUCAUCUUUGUAUCGACUCAGCAAUUUCUCCGUCCUCCUUUUCCACUGGAUUUAUCGGCCGUUCUUUUUCGUCUCUUUCCGUGAGUGCUCUCGUUUUGUCCACAGGCUACGCUGUUCGCUUUCCUUGUACGUCUCCUCGUUUCCUCUCCCCUCCCCACCCCUGAUGUUCCCUCGGAUGGUUGCUUGGUCUUUUUCUGAAGCACCACGUGACCCACCAUUGCGCUUGCGCCUUCUCCCGAUCGCUUGGAAGCUCUGGACAGGUGACGUCGUCUCAGCACUGUGGGCUCAAAAGUUUCCGGUUUUAGCCGGUAACAGUCGGCGCUGUAGGACUUAUACAAGCCACUUGAUUGACCAGCGUUUGGCGCCAAAACUAUCGGCGGAUCGGGCAGCGGCUUGAGUGUAAAUACUGACGUGGAGUUGUGUCCAACGCUAGAGCCUUGCUCGUGCAACGACUCCUCGAAGAGGAAUUGCAGCGACGAUUUUUGGCCUAAUUCGCUUUCGUCCGUUUUCAUUGAACAGUCGGAGUCGUCUUUUUUUUCGCCUUCGUUGGGUUGACCUUGCGCGAAGAGAAUUUCAAGCGAUGACUUCUCGCUAUCGUCUGAUGGCUUAUCCGCGCACAAAUUGCCAAGUGAAGCCACGUUCGAGUCCGAAUUCUCAUUUUGCGAAGAUUGGUCUUGGCUAGAAUCUUUCUCGUUUCUACUUCCGCUAACGUCUGGUUCUGGUUUGUUUUCCUCAAACAAGGCUUGCAACGAGGAAGCGCGUUCGUCUUGUAAACUGCUUCCUUCCUCUUGGCGACGAUCAUUGGAGAUUUCUUCAACCAAAACCCAGUCAUCUUCUAUGAUCUUUGAGUCAUCAAAAGACACUUGUUCGUUGUUGGUUUCAUCUGGCAGUUCCUCUCCUGCGCCCCACACUAAAUUUGAGAGUGAAGAAAACAUUCUUGCUAAAAUAAUUACAUAGGUUGCGAGGUCAUGGACUGCGAUAUUUCUGCGAUGGUGACGUCACUAAUUAUUCGUGUUUGUGACGCGCGAGGUUCAGUGAUGCUAAUUGAGUUCGAAGAACAAGAAAUCUCGUUAUUCUGGUAAGGUCCUGUGACAUCGUGGUUGUCCUGUGAAUGCAAUGAAAAAUGUCGUUUAUCUUUUGUCGCCUUCCAAUAGUACGUCACAAACUCGUUCCUGUAAUCUGCGCGCGACUCUGAUACUGUGUAUUAAUGUACGAACGGUAGCUUCAAAGUAUUAGAGAGAUGUAGAGUCACUUUUAUGGCAAACGUGUGUUUGUAUCACGUGACCGAGUUUUCCCUUAAUUUCCGCUCUACUGUUCAUUAUUUCUGCCCCAAAAUUAGUAGCUUCACGUUAGUUUAGUUAAAUUGACUUUUGGGUUAGCACAUGCUAAUUAAAGCUUGCCCAAAUGGCAACUUGUAAACUGACUUUCCUUGCACUCUGUGUUGUUGCCUUUUUAAAUUUCAUCUCUUUUGCUUGAUUUAGAAGUUUCGGGACGGACAUAUUUUUUUUUUUCGAGACGCUGUAUUUUGGUUUGUUUGUUAUAGCACCUAAAGAUGCCAAAGGCACUAAAGAGAAGGUCGUAAGAACUCACACGGAAGUCACCGCAGAUGGCGCCGUGGAUAUGAUCACCGGUUCCAAGAAUGUCAUCAUCACACCUGGUUAUGGACUGGCCGUAGCUAAAGCGCAGUAUGCAAUUGCUGAUAUGGUCCAGACCCUGAAGGAUAAGGGACUUAACGUGCGAUUCGGGAUCCAUCCCGUUGCGGGACGUAUGCCGGGACAGCUAAACGUCUUGCUUGGUGAGUUUACGGCACAUUGAAAACGUGUACUGCCCAAGCUUCUUUUCUCUCGGGUUGCUUAUACACUUAAUUGGCUCUUUAAGCUAUAAACGUUUGUCCUUUGUGGUUUUGAAAACAUUGACUGCAUGGAAACUAUAGUUUGGCCAAGUUUCAAAGAUAAUGUACUUCUUAUAUGUGUUCGCAAAUGUACAGGCAAUAUAGCCCUGAAUUUGUUACUAGCAAUCAGAGUUAAUUUUAUUCCAGAGGUAAAUACUGACUGUUUUUUUUAAUUUUACACAUCGUUGCAGCCGAGGCAGGAGUACCUUAUGAUAUUGUGCUUGAAAUGGAUGAAAUCAACGAUGACUUCCCUGAAACUGAUCUCGCGUUGGUUAUUGGUGCUAACGACACAGUGAACUCCGCAGCCCAAGACGAUCCUACUUCUGUGAUCGCGGGCAUGCCUGUCCUCGAAGUUUGGAAGGCAAAACAGGCAAGGCUACUAUUUAUUUUUAUGAUUUAACAUUUUUGCGUCUUAAACGACGAACUAAAAGAAUUUUGCCGAUAUUCAGCCACUUUGACGUUUUUUCGUCUGCCUCUCAUGAGUCAGGAUGAUUACUAAAACGAUUCCAGAAGUUUUCAUGGGGGAAGAUGAUACCCAGACUCUUGGGGUGGAAUGUGCAGUUGAACUUCAAUCAGUCCGUGAAAAUUUUUUGGGUUGGUUGCGAUGUACUGGUACGUUGCCAGAGCCUUAAUGAACUGUUUGAUGACAAGUGUAUUUUAAUCUGGCAUUAUUUUACUUCAACCAACAGAAUACAACACGAUGUUGUUUUCUUGUGCAAAUUAGGGCUAUUUUCAAGUUUCCUCAGACUUCAUUGAGAUUACUAAAUUUGAAUAACAAAUUAGAAACGACAUGAAUCCUGGUUGUUGUGGUAUGGGGACACCAUGGUAAAAAUAGGCUAGUCUAACUGGAGAGACUUACCGCACCUUUUCACGACUAACGAGUUUUGAUAGAAAUCUUACCGUUUGCUAGAUUGUUGUUUUCUCCGCUUGCAUUCCACUGUUGACGCCAAAGGUUCUCAUUGGUCAGGGAAUGUCAAACCAUAGAAACAAGGCCGUAGCAACGGGGUGUAUGUGUAAACAGUAGUCGUGUGCUGGGGCUCACUGUAAAUCUAAGAGAGAUUCUGUUUGAUUGACAGGUGAUCGUGAUGAAGCGUACGCUGGGCACAGGUUACGCUGACGUGGAUAACCCUGUGUUCUACAACGAAAACACUUCAAUGUUGCUAGGAGACGCCAAGACCAUGUGUGAUGCACUUCUUAACAAAGUCAGGGAGCAUUAUGGCAGUUAACGAAUGUCUGGUCAAAGGCGUGCAUAAUCAAUUAAGUCGAAUGCGAACAGUUUGUGUCUGACACCAAAGAAUGAAUCCUCUGUUUUAGAGUCGUUUUUUCCAAUUUUGUAUAUCUAUUUUAGUAAGUCAACAAAACGAAAAUGUCACUUUUCUAGAAUUGUUACAAAUUCACCUCCCAAGAUCUGCGAUUGUCUGAGUAUUUCUGCUCUAUUUAUUGGAAGCUUUAAACUCGAUUGCAACAUUUUCUUCGGAAAAGAAAGCCUUAUCCAGGAAAAAAGCCGGAGACCUGCCAACUAACAGAAACUGGCAGAAACUUACUUUUUUAUUUUUGAUUGUAACGCCGGUUAUAGUUUUAUCUUCUUCAUUUCUUCGUGGGUUAGGAAGGGCAGUAUUUUCCGUACUUUGGUCAACGUUAUCUUUGGUUGUUUUCAUUACUAUUAGAUAGCUCUUCAUUUGUUUGAGGUCAAUAUCCAGAAAUGAAAUCUAGUUUACCUAGGAUUCCUCACACACUCAGGUCUCGGAUUGUCUUGCGUGCGUAGCAAGCAUUUCCGCGCUAGUUCGUCGGGAAAGUUGGGACGAGAGCUCUAACUUUCGCGCAAUAACUCGAUUGGAAACGCUUGCUACGCGGGCUACGGAUUGUCCUUAUAAAAGCUAGCGUUUCCGGCUUUUUAAAACAGAUCUAAACUGUCUUUUCUUGGGACAAAUGUUCCAAAAGUCAUUCCUGGAAUGAGUAAAUUGUUCUUUGAACGUGAAGUUCUCUUCAUAUUGUAGUGUGCUAAAGCAUCUCAGUGUGUAUGUUAAAGAAACAGGUUUCUUCAGUCGAGGUACACAUGUAUUUUUCUGCGGAGAUCUAAAAAGUA